AUGCCCCCAAAGAAGAGACAGUCAGACGCUUCGCGUCGGAAAUCGCGCCAGAGCGACGUACAACCUGGUGAUCCUAUUCCCAACCGAGGCAAGCGACGCUAUAAGCCUGGCACAGUCGCUCUCAGGGAGAUCCGAAAGUACCAAAGCGGGACUCAGCUUCUGCUGCGCCAGCUUCCCUUCUCUCGCCUUGUCCGCGAGAUUGCCGAGUCGGUGAGACCCCGGGGCGAAGCAAUGCGAUGGCAAUCACAAGCGAUACAGGCACUACAAGAAGCUGCCGAGGCUUUCUUGGUCCACCUCUUCGAAGACACCAAUCUCUGCGCCAUCCACGCCAAGAGAGUGACCAUAAUGCAAAAAGAUAUUCAGCUCGCAAGACGCAUUCGGGGUGUCUGGGGCGGGCUGGGUUGA